AAGCAGAGGUACUUUCAGCUCCUCCAAAGUUGGUGUACAGCAAACUAAUUUUGCGCUUCACAAGGAAACUUCUAGUAGCAGUUGUAGAUAGGUGGGACAGUCAUGUUCUUGUUAUUGACAAAGUUGCCCCAUCUAAUUGGAAGAAUGAGCCAGCGGGCAGAAUCUUGGAGCUAUGUAUUCUUCACUUGGCCAUGUCUGAAAUAACAGUGCUGGGAACAAGGCACCAAAUAGUCAUCAAUGAGGCUGUUGAUAUUGCAAAACGCUUCUGUGAUGGGGCGGCCCCUCGUAUAAUCAAUGGUUGCCUUAGUACAUUUGUCAAGAAUCUUGAAGAAAAUGGUAUAGCUCAAGGAUUAGGAAGUAAGCAGACAUUGUUCAAUUGAUCCAUGACGUGAAUUAAUUCAAGGUGCCUCUCAACACCACUUCAAUGAGUAAUGUGCUAGUUAGCUGAUGUUUGAGAAUCUCAAGAUCGAGCUAUUUCUCCUCUUUGCAUUGGUUCAAAACCGUUAAGAGAUAUUUUGGUGACUGGUUAACAACUGGUAGGGGAGACUAUAGCAUAUGACGAUGUUGUAAGUUGCAAGGUAAAUCAUAAUUCCUGAAAAAUGGGGGGAGAAUGUAGAGCAUAUGAUGAUGUUGUAGGUUGGAGAUUGAAAUAUAAUAAUUUUGUAUUUUGACGUCCCCAGUCUAGC